AUGUAUGCUUCUGUAGCUCGCUUGGAAGCCAUUUGUGUCUUAGCUUAUGCUUCCUACAUGGGGUUCACUAUAUAUCAAAUGGAUGUCAAGACCGCUUUCCUAUAUGGAGUCGUGAAAGAGGAUAUCUAUGUUGAUCAACCCCCUGGGUUUGUCAAUUCAAAAGUUCCAAAUCAUAUCUAUGUGGAUGACAUCUUUUUUGGGUCGACGAGUUCAGAGUUGUGCAGAGAGUUUGAAGAAGUCAGGAAGAAAAGAUUUGAAAUGAGCUCGCGUGGAGAAAUGACGAUGUUUUUGGGAUUGCAAAUUCGUCAAGAUUCAUCCGGAAUCCUACUACAUCAGGGAAAAUAUAUGGAGGAUAUGCUUGUGAAGUUCGGGUUGAAAGAUUUCAAACAUGCCUUUACUCCUAUGGAUGAAAGACCACUGUUGGGACCAAAUCCAGAAGGAGAUUCCGUAGAUCAAACUGAAUAUCGAUCGAUGAUCGGAUCUCUUAUGUAUUUUCCUGCCAACAGAGCUGACAUCAUGUUCGUCGUCUGUCAAUGUGCUCGAUAUCAGGCUAAUCCUAAACUCUCUCAUAUGAUUGUUGUUAAAAUGAUUUUUAGAUACCUCAAAGGUAGUCCUAAAUUGGGGCUAUGGUAUCCUAAAAUUUCUGAAUUCGAUCUAUACGCUUUCGGUGACAGCAACUAUGGAGGUUGUGAUUUUGACAGGAAAUCAACAUCAGGCGGAUGUCAGUUUCUGGGGGAGAGGUUGGUGUCCUGGCAAUGCAAGAAACAGCAAACGAUGUCCACUUCAACAGCCGGGGCAGAGUAUGUCGCUGCAUCAACAUGCUGCUCUCAGGUGCUUAUUUGGGAAUUGAUAUCAAGAAAGAGUGAUAACGGGCAGUUGAAACAAGUGUACAGUAUUGAAUCUGAAUUGUCUAGACUCUGUGUUUAA